CAUAGUGUCUUAGUUUCAAAACUCUCUUAGUUUUUUUUUCUGCUGAAUCAUCUCAUCUCAUCUCAUGUUGCAUCUAAGAGGUUUUCCUUACCCCAACAAUCUUUCUUCAACCCCAAAAUGUCAUCUUCUUCUCCUCAAACCCCACUCUUUCACCGCCGCCGCCGCCACAACCACUGCAGAUUCAGAUAAAAAAUCUUUCACCAUAUCUUACCUCACUAACAAUUGUGGUUUAUCUCCACAAGAUGCUCUCAAAGUAUCCAAACGAUUUACUUUCGAAACCCCCGAAAAACCCAAUUCCGUCAUCACCUUCUUCAAAACCCAAGGCUUCUCCGAUGACCAGAUACAAUCCAUUAUUCGCAGGAAUCCUCAGCUCAUCCUUUCCAACCCCAUCAAAACCAUUCUCCCUAAGCUUCAAUUUUUAGCUUCCAAAGGCGCUUCUCCCACCGACAUAGUCGCCACCGUCACCGGAAGCCCCUAUUUCCUAACAUCAAGCCUCAAACGCAUUAUUCAAACUUUUGAAUUGGUAAGAAGUUUCUGUCCGUCUGAUCAAAAAGCUAUUGCUAUAAUCAUUGUCUGUCCAACUUUAUUCCGAACGAAACCAAAUCUUCAAUUUUUACUCGUUUCCGGUGUCAAUCGUUCAGGCAUUUACUUUUUGCUUCGUUCUAGACCUUCUGUAUUUUGUUCUACUGAUGUGAGAAAGGCUGUGGAGGAGAUUAAGGAAUUAGGGUUUGAUCCUUCAAAAUUCAAAUUUUGUGUGGCGUUACUUGCCAAGAGGACUGUCGCUAAAUCACAAUGGGAUGCUAAAGUUGAUGCCUUGAAGAGUUGGGGUUGUUCUGAAGAUGUCAUUUUUGAUGCCUUUAAAAUACAGCCUAACUUUAUGCUACGGUCACCAGAUAAACUCAAUGCGGUGAUGCAAUUUUGGGUCAAAGAGCUUGAAUGGGAUCCUUCAGUGCUCUUUGCAGCACCUGACCUAUUCGGAUGUAGUCUAGAGAAAAGGCUUGUUCCAAGGGCUUCAGUCGUCCGGUAUCUUUUAUCCAAAGGUUUGAUGAAGAAGAGUGCUAGCUUGCGUACACCGUUUAGUUUGACUGAAGAGUUGUUCAUGGAAAAGUAUGUGGAUUGUUAUGAAGAAGAAGAAGCGUCUAAGCUAUUAAGGCUAUAUCAGGGGAAGGAUGCUAGCAUAUAGUGCUUCAAUAAGUUGUCAAAACACAUUUUGUUGUAGCUGAAUAAACCAGCCAUGUUAUGUUUAUUCAUCUUUAACUGUGUUGUUCCACUUUCUGAGUAAGUUGGAACCUUUUUUGUUGUUGGUCACAGUUUGGACUUAUAUCCUCCUGUAUUAUGGAAUUAGGACAAUGCUUGGAUUUCUAACAAAAAAACGAGGAUGUUCUUGACAGGAUCAGUUCUUGUUUUUGUCAGGUGAUGCGAUGUUGAGAGAAUCAUUUAGUGUUCAGUAUAAGUUUGAGAAGAAAGGUUCUGGUGAUUUACUGAUGUUAGCACAUCCUCUUCAUCUUUAGUUUUUCUCUAAGAUUCUAAUGUUACAGUUUUGAGUGAUUUUAAGUAUCUCAGCACUCUCAAAGAGCUUGUCGGUGUUUGUGAUUCAUGUCUUUUGAAAACUGAUCCUGUUUAUAUAACUUUGCAUCCUAACAAUAGUACCAAUGAGUCAUUUUGUAUUGUGAGCAGAUUGUUUGUUUUCCUGUGCUUUGGUAAUUAUAUUAUUAACAAAAAAAAGUUAAAAGUCAAAGAUGUUGUAAUAUGAUUUGUCAGAAUUGUAUAAUAAUGCUACAUGACUUCUAGUUUCUUGUUUUGUAAUA